AUGGCAGCCUCCAAUGCAGGAAAAGUUCUUUUCAGGUGUCUUCAUGGCCAUCUUUUGAAAAUACAUCAUGGAUAUAAAUUACAAACUCAAAGGUUAUUGUUGGGUCACUUGCAAGUAACCACAAGUACACUCAAUGUAAGAUACUUUUCCCCGGAUAGUAGAUCAAGUUCAGAUUCAAGUUCGUCAUCAUCAGAUAGUGAGUCAAGUAGUGACUCGGAUAUCGACUCAGAUACAGACAAAUCAGCAGAAGAUUUCUUAGCUAAAGCCAGGAAACCACCAGGUUAUAUGGCGUGGGAACCAGUAGAUGAUGUAUACAUGUUGAGCUGUAUAGCAACCAGCUUGUUUAUUGGUAUAGACAAUUUCAAGCCAAUGCCAAGGCAGGAAAAGAUUAUCGGCGCCAAUGCUUGA